AUGGAUCAUGAGAUGGAGCUGAAGGGGUGUUUCCGCCGGAUCAAGAACUGCGCGAUCGAACUCUUCUCGACAAUGGAGGAGGACCUGGAGAUGGACAAUGAGGACUCGUGGGACCUUGUUGGGAGGGACAUCCGGCUGAAGGCCACCUUCCUGUACAUUGACCUCAGCCGCGUGAUCGCCUGCUGCGAGGGCGAAGAGCACAAGAAGGCGCUCACUGUCCUCACCAACCGCUUCUUCUACUCCAUGGAUGAGCUGGGCGACGCGGUGGAGAGCCGGAGCCUCCCCCUGACGCAGGUUCGCUGCAGCGACACCGCCGGCGCGCUCCGCGAGGUGGUCGCCGUCCUCGCGCCGUCCCUGCACCUUGGCCCCUGCGACCCGGAGGAAUAG